AAGUAGCUAGCUGAUCGAUCUUCAGCGUAUACGUGCGUAGGAGCCGAGCAACAAAAGUAGCAGAUGCAAAUGCAAACCACUGCUUUGUCGACCGUCUUGUGUGUGCUCGCACUUGUGGUAGCAGAUGCAGAGCGGGUCCAUGGCCGGCAACAUGGCAAGGACGACGCCUGCGCUCCUUUCUCCUGCGGCCAUCUCCAGAACGUGUCGUAUCCCUUUCGCCGGCGAGGCGACCCUCGCCGGUGCGGCGUCCGGGCGUACGAGCUAGACUGCAGCAGCAGCGCCGGCAAGGCCACCAUCCGGAUCAACACGGGGACAUACCAUGUCACCAGCAUCAACUACACUGCCUCCGUCUUCUGGGUCGUCGACGCCGGCCUGCAGCAGGAUGCGGCCGGCAACAGCAGCUGCCCUCUUCCUCGCUCCGACCAGCUCCCUUUUAUCCGAGGGAUCCGAGGGUCACACGACAGCUGGUACUUGGUCCGCGAUAGCACUCAGUGGGUUAUCUUUGUCAAUUGUUCGCAGAAACUAAGCACGAACAGUAGUAUUUACCGUCCCGUGAAUUGCCUGACCACGUCUUCUUCCUUCGUUUAUAUGGCCACGAUUCCUUCCUUGCUCGUUCACAUGCGUGGUACCUCACCUUAUGUUGCACUGAAUGCUAAUUCCCCGUCGAUUGAAUUCAUUGAACCUCCUUGUGGAUACUUGGCCACGGUUCCUGUGAGUGAUCAGUACAUGGACAGAGACGCAACUUAUGCAGAUUUUGUAAGACUCAUCAUGGCUGGAUUUGCUAUCCAAUUUCCUACAGAUGGAGGACCUUGGACUACUUGGUUUGGCCUCAUCAAAGAAUGCCUGAACGAGGCUGUCAGCUUAGCCGAUCAUCAAGACCAACCACUACCCAGCACAGGCACCAAAGACCGGAUUGUGGACAUCCUUUCCAUCGACCUCCGUUUCUGGGGAUGCACAAUCGGCCUAGCCAGAUCAUAUUACAACGACAUACCCCAUGCCAUUACGGACUUGAUCCGUGGCGUUGAUAAUUCACUUUAUCAUAAGCUCUUCAUACUAUAUAGCUUGUGUCUUGUCAAGUGGAUUGCUGUGCUAUGCAGGUUUUUGUUGGCACCAUUGGCCGUGAUGAUCUUCCUUGCUCGCAAGUAUUGGAAAACAAGGAUAACAAUCGACGCAGUUGAAAAAUUCCUUCAAAUGCAACAGACGCUUGGCCCGACAAGGUAUGCCUACACGGACAUCGUAGCAAUGACGAGCCAUUUCAGAGACAAGCUGGGCCAAGGAGGAUAUGGGUCCGUAUACAAGGGUGUGCUUCUCCCUGGUAACGUCCACAUCGCCAUCAAGAUGUUGGAUGGCACUUCCAACUGCAACGGAGAAGACUUCAUCAGUGAGGUUGCCACCAUAGGCAGGAUCCACCACAUCAACGUGGUGCGUCUUGUGGGAUUCUGCUCUGAGGAGAUGAGAAGAGCCUUGGUCUAUGAGUACAUGCCUAGAGGGUCUCUGGACAAGUACAUCUUCUCGUCAGAGAGGAGGAGCUUCUCAUGGGACAAGCUCAACGAGAUUGCUCUGGGCAUUGCCAAGGGGAUCAACUACCUGCACCAAGGGUGUGAUAUGCAGAUUCUGCACUUUGACAUUAAGCCACACAACAUUCUCCUCGGUGACAAUUUCAUUCCAAAGGUCGCCGAUUUCGGCCUCGCGAAGCUAUACCCGAAGGACAAGAGCUUCGUGUCGGAUAGGGCUUUGCGAGGAACAGUGGGCUAUAUAGCUCUGGAGAUGGUGUCACGGAGCUUUGGUGUCAUAUCGAGCAAGUCUGAUGUUUACAGCUUUGGUAUGCUGCUGCUCGAGAUGGCUGGAGGGAGAAGGAACGCAGACCCAAAUGCAAACUCAAAUGCUAGCCAAGCGUAUUACCCAUCAUGGGCGUAUGGCCGACUGAUAGCUGAUCAACAACAAGCUGAUGAUGAGAUAUCUAGUGCUGUUGAGAUGCAUGUGCUGGAGAGGAAGCUGUGCCUUGUUGGGCUGUGGUGCAUUCAGAUGAAAUCACACGAUCGGCCGACGAUGAGUGAGGCCAUCGAGAUGCUCGAAGGGGACGUCAAUGUGCUACAAGUGCCUCCUAGGCCAUUCUUCUGUGAUGGAGACUUCAUGCCGCCUCCGUCUGUGAUGGAUUCUUACCUUCACUCUUCCGGGCUGACUGCGAUAUCAGAAGAGGAUGAUGAAAUAACUGAAUUUGCUAGUUUGAUGAUGGAUGGAAAUGAAGCUAGAAAUUAGUGUUCACAAAAUAAUGGUUACUUAAUUAAUUUUCGUGUAUGAGUUAAGCUAGUGUUUGUAAUAUAGCUAAGGCAGCUGCUACUUUUUUUUUUUUGGUUUUGCUAUGAA